AUGUCUGCCAUCGAAUCGGUCUCCAACAUUGCCACGAAAUUCAAGGAUGAAUUCACCGAUACAGCCAGCCAACUGAAGCAACGCGCCUCGCAGCUUCAGGAAACAGCACCUCAACUUGCCUCAGAGAUUCAAGAAACCGUUGAGCCCUUCAAGAAAGAUUUUCUCGCAACCGUUCAAGCCAUGGAUGAUGUUUCCACUCCGCCCUUGGUCGUCCUGUCAUCAUUGACUUGGUCUACAAUCCUCAUCCUCGGCUCAUCACUUGCCAAUCUCGUUUCGUCGUAUCUACUCGCGCCAAUCUUCUUGCUGCUCAUCGGGGAUUGGGGAGCCCUCGCUGGUGUGCUCGUCGGCGUGCCCCUCUACGGUUACUUCAUCAUUAAAUCGAGCGUCGCCAAGGAUGCCGCGGAUUCAACGAUUCGUUUCUUCCUUCUGGGUGCUGCGCUGGUCAACGGACUUCUCACUGGCUUCCUCAUUCGCAACUCGUUCCUCUCUGCGACUCCGUGUGCAUCGAUGGUAGUUGGAGUUGCAACAGUUCUCUAUCCAAUUGCUGCUGCUAACUUUGGAGGAAAACGUCAACUGCUUCUUGGUGUUUCGGUUGGUGGAUCGCUCGCCGUCACCCUGACACUCGGAGCGAUUUUGGGCAAACUGACCGGAGCCUUCCUCGCGCUCACUCUUCUCUACGGAGCCUGCACCGUGCUUGCCCUUCAAUAUAUCUUCCAGCAUGCCAAGGACGAAUCGGCUAAAACCUACACCUAUCAACUCGGUCUUCUCGUCUCAACAACUGCCGCCUACCUUCUCAUCCACUCCAUCUUCGGCAUGAGUGCUGACGCCCACGCGAACUACAAGGACAGCCGA